CGUGACCAGCGGCGCUACGGCGGCCGAGAGGGGCAUGGCGGCGGCGGGCGCGUGGCGCGCGGCAGGCCGCCGGCGGCGGCGGCGGGAGGCGGCGGAGGAGGAGGAGGGCGCGGUGCUGCGCAGGGUGCGGGAGGCGCGGGACGAUCUGCUGAGCUCCGGCUUCUGGGCGGCCAGCGCCGGAGCCGUACGGGCCCCGCUGAGCGCCAGCGCGGAGCUACCCGCCCGCUGCGUCUGCUACGGCCUGGGGCGGUUCGGCGGCUGCCCGGCCGCCCGGCACCAGCUGGCCUUCCUGCUGCUGCUGCUGGAGGAGCUGGGGGUGCCGCCCGGCCGGUGCUCCCUGUUCGAUCCCGCCUUCUCGGCCCAGGAGGCGGCGGCGCUGGGGCAGCUGGGGCUGCGGCUGCUCCCGGAGAACGAGGAGGGGAAACACGGCAUUGAGGGAUCGGCCACGCUGUUUUACAUGGUGCACUGCGGGAAAGCCUUGUACAACAACCUCCUGUGGAGGAACUGGUCCGCAGGGGCACUGUCCAAAAUGGUGAUCAUCGGGAACAGCUUUAAAGGAAUUGAGGAGAGAUUGUUGUCAAGGAUAUUCGAGAGAGAUUAUUCUUACAUAGCAAAGGUCUUGAAAGGGACAGAGGAAGUGGCGCUCCCCACUCACCCUCGGUACCUGGACACCUUUAACGACACCUCUGUCCACUGGUUUCCCUUGCAAAAACUGAAGGAGCUCUCCCCUGAGGUUUGGGACUUUGUGGAGGAGCCGACGUACCACGAGUGUGAUGACUUGGAGAUCAUCAGAAAGGACCAAGCUGAUGAGCACCAUCCUGCUGCCGUGGAGUCCUAACAGCUCUCUGCAGCAGCGGGGGCUUGGGGCUGCAUCUCCUCCUACAGCAGCUUCUGCGCAGCCAAGAUGAAGCUCAAGCACUGACAGUGUCAUCACGCCAAAAGUGGCAGCACCCAAACACUGAGCAUGAUGGGACAUUUUUGUAUCUUAUUUAAUAAAAGGUAAAGCUGUGCUUUGACUUAUACUCA